UUGAUUUUGUUUAAACUUUGAAUCAAUAACGUAACGGCCAACGGAUUAUUACAACAGUGUUUUUGGUUUUAUAUUUACAUCUACUUGAUAUGCGGUCAUACAAAAUAAAAAUAAAUAAUUACAAUUAUUAAUUUGGUCUUGAUAUAAAAAUAAGAAAAUGUCCACUCGAUCGGGAAAGCUUUUUUUAGGUUUACAUAACUCGCCCGCAUCAGAAAUAAAUGCAGAUGUGAAAACCAAAAGAAAAACUCGUAGCCACAAACAAAAAGAAAAUUGUAUCGAUGCUACCGUAUCUAAGAAAAAACAUUAUGUUUUACGAUUUCCGUCUGAGGAAGAAACUAGCAAUGACGCUAGCAGCCAAAUGACCCUCCGAAACCGUAAAUCGUGUAGAAAUACUCUAAGUGAAGUAACAAUCAAUGAUGUUGAUAUUGCAAAACCUAUCAAAUUAAACCGACGGAAAAAAGUCGUUGAAAAUGAUGACUUAUCACUAAAAACAAGUAAGAAAUCAAAGAAAAAGAAAAUUGUUAAACGUAUUGGACUAGAAAAUGAAAGUAUGGAUGCAAUUGAGGAUGAAAAUAAAGUAAUUAAAAAGAAAAUAAGCUCUGGUUCUGUUGUCAUUGAAGACUUAAAUGAUCAAAACGUCAAGAAUAAUUCAGUAAACAAGAGUAAUAUUUCUGCUGAUUCUUUCCACAGUGGUGCUGCCAGCAAUGUUGGUAGCCCUGAUGAGGUUGUGUUAAAAAACAUACAUAAUUUGAAAACAUCAGUUGAUAACAUAUUUCUUAUUAAAGAAAAUAUGGAAUUCACUACUGACUGUAAGCAAAAAAAAGUUCAGAAAGAUAUUCUUAAAAGAAAGAGACGAGCCAGAAAUACUCAAAGCAAAGAUGAUGAUAGAGAAUCUAUUAAAAGUAAAUUUGUUCCAAAAGAAAACUGUUCUACAACAGAACAGGACAGUCAUAAUGGCUCUGCUUUCAACAUAUUAUUUGAUAGUAAUGAGAAAAACAGAUCAAGUUAUAAAAAUUCCACAUUUACUGAAAUAUCUACAGAUAAUAUUGAAAACCCAUUGACUUUAAUUGAGGACCAGGCUGACAACGGUUGCAAAUAUAACAGAUUAGAAAGGAACACACAUUCAAAUGAUAAUACAUUAUUAGAAAUGAUCUAUAAACUAGAGAAGAAACAAAAUGAGAAUAACUCAGAGAAGAAAAGCACUUUGAAAUAUGAAGAUCCAAUAUUAGUUGCAAAAGAAACAACAAUUGAUAAAUAUGCAAACAACAUUAGUUUAGAAAUUCAAUGUAAUAAUUCUUCUGUUACUAAGUUAACUGGUAAUAAAACUCCCAGAAAGAAAACCUCCUCCAGUAUGCCAAAUACACCAAUAAGGAAUACCAUAAAUUCUAAGGAAACAUCAAAUACAGUACAAAAUGGCACCAGCAACGUAACAUUUGAAAAAGAUGUGGCAGAUUGUACAUUUGAUAUAAAUAAAUCACCUGAAUCAAUCAUCAUUCAGACCUCUAAUUCAGCUGACUUACAACAGAUUGAUAAAGUUACAUUAAACACAACUUUUGAAAAAGAAAACCACAAUUUGAACAGUACUUUUGAUAAACCUGAAGAAGUCUUUUCAUCAAUAAUUACUUCUGAUUCAUCAACAACUAAUGACAAAUCAAUGUCACGCAUCAGUAUUACAAGUGAUGAAUCAGGAAGCUGUAUUAACAUUACUCCUUUUAUUGUUGAGAGUAGUCUGGAUGAAUCCAAAAUUUAUUAUAUAAGUCCAAAUAUCACUAAUCAGGAGACAGUAAAAUCGCCAUCUAACUGUGUACCUGAUCAGAUAACACCUUCAACUUCACUGCAACGCGAGGGGACCUUUACAAAGGAAUCACAUACAGAUUUGACAUAUCCUAAAGAAUUAAGUACAUCCGCGGGGCAGACACCAAAGCGCACUUCAUACAAAAAGGCAGUUUUUAAUGUCACACGGUCAAUUGAAAAGACUCGAAGGUCAUCUAUUGCUGAGCUACCACACACCACAAGAGUUAUGUUCUGUAGCCCCAUCAAUACUCCAGUGAUAACAAAUCAAAUAAAAGGCAAAGUAAUUAAAUCUAGUAUGAAAGGUUCAAACAAAAGUUUUGUGAUUAAUGAUCAAGAACCGUAUCGUGUCAGCUCAAUUCGCAAAAGGUCAUACAGUCACAGUGGCUCAGAUGGCCUAGACAUUAAGCGGCAAAGAUUAGUUGAAGGUACUUCAAACAGAGUGUCUCGCUCCAGGACCUCAAGUGCUUCAGGAAAAAUCCAAAACACUUCAACAAAACUAACCCCAUCUAAGGCCAAAGAUGAAAUCACUCGCGUGGCCAGAAAGAAGCUGCCCAACUUCGCCGCCCUGCAUCAGAAGCAAUUCGAUAAGAUGGAGUCCCUUGAUGAGUGUCAGGAACGCAAAGCUCGUCGCGCUCUCUUGCUGGCCGCCGGCACUUCGGCUGCCAGCAUCGACAGAGAUUCAAAGGCCCAGAGAAAACAACAUGAGAAAAACCAUAGUUUACUAUCUGUGAAACCUGGAUACACGAGAUUCGGCUUCAGGAUGAAAUCUGACGUCAACCCGUUCACGACCGAAGCUAAAGUGACCGAACAUUCGAAACUGUCUCUAAAUACAACAAAUUCGAAUUCGUCCAAAACAUUCGUUAAACCAAAUGAAGCGCCGAACGAUUCGAAGAGACCUGGCAAGUUGCCUUCCCUCAAAGGCAGCACGGCUCGGAAGGAGAUAGCGAAACAGACUGUCAUGAGAGAAAAGUCGUUCGCAGAGAAGAGAAGUUCCAGCCGAAAGGAAAACAGAACUAUAAUUAAGGGAGUGAGAACGAACCGACGCUUCGAACUGCAGAUGCAAAUGCGGAAUCUUAAUUGACAUUUUAAAUGUUUCGCUCCAUUAUUAGCAUUUUGCAAAAAUUUGCUGGGUUCGAAUCCUCUUAAAUAACACGACUGGCUCAAAUUAAAGGUAUUAAUAUACUAAUUUAGUGUUUAGAAAUAUUUGUUUUAAUUAAUAGCUUUGUUAACUAACACUAAUGUUUGGUUAUGGUUGCUAGAAGCACUAAUUAUUUUACAGGUGUGUGCGUUUCAUUCAAAAGAGAAAUGUAUAUUUUUUUUGGUAAGUUCUGACAGAGACUAUAUUAUGUGUUCAAUAUAUGUACAUACAACCUCUGACUUUCAAAAUAGAUAAUACUUAAGAUUUCUAUGGAGACUUAUAAAAAUCGCAGCCCUAUAAAAAUACAAUAUUUCAUACAUUAAUUAUUAAGCUAUUUACGAUGGAUAAAGAGAUAAAUAUUUUUUUGUUAAUGUUAUAUAUUGCGUUGACCUGUCACAGAUCAUGUCAUAAAAUGACUUUGGCUUGAGAUUUAUCAAAAACUAAUUAUGAUGUCCUUGUUGUAUUUAACUGUUAAUGUCAGUUUAAAGUCUCGUUGCUUACCUCAAGCUAUAAUGUUUGCAGUUGCUGAGAUUGCACUGUAGUUGUAACGGUUUAAAAAAAACUUACUUUAAUGGGCCAAAUAUGUUUGUGGUCUUAAAUAUUUGAUAACCACAAAUUGAUACGUAUUUGUUUUGUCUUUCAUAUCACUUACAAUAUAGGUAGGCAUCUAGACACAAUAGGCUUAUGGUAUGUUUAUUGUGAAGAUCCUAAGUAAUUACUUAAAUAUAUGUUUGGACAUGCUCGGCAAAAUAAAACAAAACUCGGGCAAGUUUCAUUUUAUUUUGUCGCAUCUGAAACUCCUAUUUAAUACGAUUAUUAGUACGAUAUAAUAUAGGUCUUGUUGGGUAGUGUUUUUUUCUUUUUAAUAUCCUGUAAUAGACCAGUGUUUAAUUCAGUUCAGUUAAUUGUUACAACGGAAAUGGAAUCGUAACUAUGAUCAUAAUCAGGCUAUUAUUAAAACUAAAUAAAGAUAUUGAUUUUAAAUUGUGUAAUAAUAUAUUAUGUGCUUUAAUAAAUUGGUUUAGUUAGAUAAUUCGUUUUAUUUAAGACUGGCAGUGUGACUGUCCCUGG